GUUGUCUUCAGGUUCCUUGUAGUGAUACUUGUUUUGACUUUAGUUUUCUUUAGCAUCAAUACUACCGUGUUUACAUUAGUUUCCAUCACGUAUCCGUUCAUUGAAGUCGAAAGGAAACAACCACCAUCACCACUAAUUUUAUCACCUCCAUCAAGACCACAAGUUCUGAAACAAUCAUCAUUCUUAGCAGAAGAAUUCAAGUUGUAUCCUCAUAAGAUUAACCCUAAUAUUGAAUUUCUAUUUCAUAAGUCACGUUCAACUUCCCCAUUUGGUGAAGAGUCAGAUUACGAAAACGAUAGUGAAACUCAAGAUAACUUUCCAAGCUCAUUCUUGGACCAUAGAGAGUUCUAUAGCAAUUUGAAUAACAGUUCCCAAUAUUUAAGAAGAGAUAGUUUUUCUCUGUGAUGGUUCAAGUUUACUUCCCAAACGAUCUAAUUAAACUAUGCAAGAAGCUGAAGGAAAUCGAUCAUUUUCUCAUCGGAUACAAGUUCAAUAGAAUUUACAUUGUGAUACAGUUGUUGGAUACCGCAGUGGAUUUUAACAAGUUGCCAAGCCAUCUACUGGAUUUAAAAAUCAUUGGAAGCAUCAGCAAUCUGGACAAACCAGUAGAUAAUGAUUAUGACUUACAUCUUUCAUUUGAUACUUUGCCAUAUUUCAAGUCUUCUGUGAAUGAUUCAUUUAUAAUACUAUUUGAUCCACCAAAGUUUAGAAACCUUGAAUACUUUUCAAUAGAGCCAAUUUUACUUCAAUCUACAGGAAGGGAAUUACUCACAUCUGAUCAAGCUUCCCUAAUAAAUAAACUAAACGUUAUUGACCCUAUAACUGAAUCACCAAAUAACGAUAAAAACAGCUUUAUCUCAGAUGAUAUUAUUCUUGAAAAGAUUAAUCUUCUGUUAAAGGUAAGAUUAGAACUAAAAGCAUGGAUGCAUGAAAAUUCUGAAAACCAGAGCCACAAUUACCACCUGGUCGAUCAAGUCAUUCAAAACAAAAUAAUAAAUGUUAUUGUGUUUCUAGUUAGUCUCCUUCAAACAUUAAUAAUCUUUCUUAUCUGGUUAAUUAAUUAUCAAAUCAAAUCAGUCAGUUUGGUUUCUAUAUCAAAGGUCUUCCGACAACUUGAUCUAAGAUUGCAACAGUUAAACUACUUCCCAAUUCAAUUCUUAUGUUAUUAUAAUAAAAAUCUACUAUAUGGAGGAUCUAAACUUCUAUACGAGUUAAAAUUACCAAUAUUCAAUUCAAAUUUAAAUAUAAACAAUUCCAAUUAUAUUAAUCUUUUCAAUACAUUAUGGUUGAUAUUUAAUGAUAUAAUGUUCGGGAUUACUGCUUAUCGUUUAAUUUUUGACAAUUAUGAAAGAAUUAUACCCGUUUUGCAUGAAGGAGUGAUUCAAAAAUACUUAUUUUCGGAAAUGUUAGAUGUAAUUUCUUGGGUUUCGGUGAAGCAUCCUGCUGGGUUUAAGUUAAAUAUCAAAUUGGGUCAUUUCAUGGGAGAUUUAUAUAGUUGGACUUUAAAAUUCUGGAAAUUUUUAGUCAAUGAUCUGAUUCAAAAUCUUUCUCCUGAUUUUAAAUUUAAGUUAUUUAUUGCCGUCAAAAUAUUUCUCAAGAUUCUAUGUUAUGGUGGUGGAUUAUCCUUUUUGAUAGGAUUUUGCAUCGAUAUUAUUAAUGCGUUAACUGUUCACAUAUACUGUUUCUACUAUACUUCAACCAAAAUCUAUAAAAGGCAAUUGGACAUCAUCAAGUCCUUGUUCCAGUUAUUUAGAGGUAAAAAAUAUAAUGUUUUAAGAAAUAGAAUUGAUAAUUUGAAUAAUUAUGAAGAUGAUGACUCAAGUUUAGAGAUUGAUCAACUUUUAUUAGGUACAUUAUUAUUCAUGAUUUUGAUAUUAUUGUUACCCACAGUCUUUGCAUUCUAUUUAAUGUUUUUCUUGAUGCAAUUGACAGUCUUACUUGCAAUAAAUUUCUUGGAGAACUUGCAAAUUUUAGUAAAUUUCACUCCAAUGUUUGUUAUUCUACUUAAAUUAAAGAAUUCCAAUCGUUUACAAGGUGGGAUUAUCUUCACGUUUUUGAAAAUGUCAAAUCACUCAAGUUAUCUUAAAUUAUCUAAUAAGUCAUUAUCAUAUUCAGAAAUAUUCCGUGACUUUUUCAAGAUCUUUACCGAUUCAAAAACUUUCAGAGAUACCUUAAUUCAAUUCUUUUUACAAGGAGAAUUGAUUUCCAUUAAACAUAACUAUGAAAUGAAAUUCCACUAUUUAAUGCUACCUGAAGUUUAUGAGAAAACGAUAAACAUUUGGAAAUACUUCUAAACUGAUAUUAUGUAUUACUAAAUUAAAAAAAUAUAAUUAAUAAUUAAUGUGU